AUGUUUCAUGGACUGCAGGAGCCUACUGUCCCAGCACUUGCCACGAGUGAAUCAACAUCAGCAAAUGUGAGCGGCAUUGAAGUGAACAAUGACCCCGCCGAGGAAGAAACAGAAGCAUACCGUGUUCGAAGAGGUUUCGCGUCGACGUUGGCUGCGAUGGGAUUUGAGUUCGAUUUGUGUAUGUCCGCAUUGGAACACUCUCGCGAUGACCCAAAUUUAGCCGUUGAAUGGCUGAUGGGCGACGGUGCUGCGACGUACCAGGAACGCCGGAAAGCGCAGUACUUAGCCCGGGCAAGUCUGGCAGUCCAUGAACUCGCUCAUGAAGCGGAUGGGAUGACAGGUCUGACGAUUGAAGCUAAGGCGAUGGAGCUCGAGGGUAUCUCUGGGAUGCCGUACUGUCUUGCAUUAUGUGCGUUAGAGCUGUCGAACAGUAACCCCGAUCAUGCUAUGGAGUGGUUAAUGGAGCACGGCAGCACGUAUGCCGAGAAACCCGACUCACUAGCAUUGUUGAGCGACGCUUUUUUAGCAGCAAGAUCUGUCGUGUUGGAAGAUCAAGCGGCUUUGGAAGAGAUCGAUCAGCCUGAUCCGCUCGUACUGUCUUCCAACUGUCAUACCACCACGGCGGCUGAGCAUGCGGGCUCAAACUCUGCUACGCGAGGCGUAGAUCAGUCUUACGCGCCGAAGGCCGAUGCGAUGGCAGUGACUCUUGCUCCGAUCUUGGCAUCAGUUCUUCCUAAGUCCAACUUGGGCGUUGCAGCAGCACGUGAUGCGAGUACGACAGCCUUCUUCCCACUCGACCCUGGCUAUUUGACCCCAAACGUUCUCUUGACGGUAACGAGUGACGUUGGCCCAGUUCAUCAAUUAGCUACGAGCGGACGGACAGGUAUCUACAGGCGUUAUUCACCUGACGACGGUGUGCUUUUGACGUUUUUGAACACGGAAUCUGGUGCAUGCGAAGACGAAUGGAUCCCUGCGCGAGACUUGCGUCGAGUUGUGAGGAUUUAUGACGAGCCGUUAGAAGACGUGAACAGCAUACAUCGCGUAGCAAUCCGAACGGAAGAUGCUCUGUCUACUUAUUACGCCAGACGUGCGAUCACGGCAUUGCUUUGCUCUUUCACUCCUGUUGACCGUUCGCGUUCGGAAGCGACAGGAAUGGCUACUGAUGAAUCCGCAGAUAAACCGCCAUUGCAGCUGUCUUCGUACGCGAGUGAGAUCAUGAAUGUAGUUGGAGGUCCGCGUCAAUUCCUACGUCUUCUGAAAAUGGCGUCUGCGUCCGAGAUGCAUUUCACAAACGCCUCGAAGGAAAGUGGAUUUGGUUUACCAGACAGGAGCUGGGUGCGUUGUCAACCGGUUUCUGAUAACACUGAGCAACACGUUUCCUUGCUGACAAGCAUGCGGACCUUAGCACUGAGAAUCCUUCGUGAAGAAUCACGAACUGCUGCAGAACGGCGUUGUCUCCCAAGUCUUAGCACCAAGGGUCCGAUUUGUCGUCCAGUUUGUCAAGCUCGUGCAAGCCACGAAGAACAAGAGAAUGCUUCGGGUAGAGUUACUGCUAUGCCCGGAGACACGCAAACACUUUCACGAUCUACAGCAGCAGUACCUGCGACAUUGGAUGAAGCAAGACAUGGGGAAUGGCUAGAUCAUGAAAGCAAGGACGAAGACGCUGCUUUAGAGUGCACGCAAAGAACCUGCCAGUUGCUCGAUAUUGAGGCGCAGAAAGGUGCUAGCGCGUACAUGGGUGACAACGUGGACGAUCACGAUACGCUGCUAUCGAGUGUGCUGAUUGAAGAUUGCGUUGGUCACUUUGUAGAAUCGACGCGAAUGGCAGGAGACGGGGAAGGCACGGUACUACCGCUCCGAGAGUUCCAGUCGCUGCACCCGUACUUUGGUCGAUGCGACUAUGCCCGAGUCGUUAGAGUUGACAGCCCUUGUAGCUGUUUGCGUAUUGUAUUCGAUCAUCGCUGUCGAUUGGGGGCCAAGACAACGUUGACGUUCUUCGCAGACUCGGACUGUAAGGAGCGUAUUGGGGUCGUUGACGAUGCCAUGACGGCUACUGGCCAUCUUCUACCCGACAUGAUUAUCCGUUCGCACCAGUUCUGGUUCCGCUUUACAGCUUCGGAGGAGCACGCCACCAACCAUACUGGCUAUGGCUAUCGCUUCCAAGUAAAACCCAUGGCUAGCAUCCGCUGGACAAAAGAAUCUGAGGUGCUGACAGGCCCGUCACUGGAGUGGGCGUGCUGGGUAUUGGAACUUUUGCUGAACGACGCGACGGAGUUGAUAGCCCAUGGAGGUGUGCACAACCGUAAAAUUUAUGGCGCACUUGUACGCUACCUGCGUUCACCAGGAACUCCGCAUAAAGGUCGCAUUGUACGCUUAUUGCAACAGUUGUUGCAUCACCCCGAACUGUUUCCGGCUGACGAGGUGCCUGAUUUGGAUGCACUGCAGUCGAUUUGUCGAUUGGCAUUGACAUGCGCUGAGGGUGACCAAGCAAGGAAAAAAGUGUUCAUCUCAGCACACUUGCUCCAGAUUGUGGAGUUGUCCAUGAUGACCUCUUCCGCUUCGUCUGCUUUUCAGCGCAAGCUUGCUGGCGCCAAUACAACAUCAGGGCCAGUUCUCAGCACACCUUUUGACAUGCCAGUGCCGUUUGAGCGGAAGUGUGUGGCUGGUAGCUUGAACGACGUGUCGGUGCUCACGAAGUUUUUGCUUGGACAAGUAGAGAAUCUUCCUGAAUAUAUUCUCGUUGCGAUAUGGCUGGAGGUCUACGGGUCUUCUGCAGUGAUCGAAAGUUCCCACCCUUACACCCCUGGUCGCCCGUCGAAUGGCGUAGUGGUGUUCGAAGGUGCUCAAGCUCUUCGAGUGACGUUCGAUUCACGCUGUUCACUGGCGCCUGGCCACGACCAAACAAUGCCACGACUCGAUCUCGCCAGCUACGUGAUUACUUCACGUGACAGCGAAGCAGUGAAAGACAUUUGCAGCAAUCGAGUGUACUCGGAGGAGAGUACGUGGCCUGACGCGGCCGUUUCUUACGAUGGAAACAAUCUCGAGUACACGUUUCUCGCAGACGAAAACGAAGGCGGCCACUUUGGCUUUGCAGUGACUGUGAAUGCAUUGGGCAUUCCGCAGGAGACACAGCUCGCUCGCGCGACUGUCACAGACAUGGAACGUGUCUUGCAAAAACUUGUUCUGCUACAAACAGCUUCGGGUGACUUGUCAAAUGACGACCGCUGGACAGAAGCGAUGGACUCGCAGCUUGUGGAUUGGGUGAACAAGCACGUGGAACCUCCAGCAUCCCUGUCUUCGAGCCCGACAGCGACUCGGCAUUCUGUACAUCUACAGCCCGUGGAUAUACAGCUCAGCCAAACGCUCGAUGGGGUGCGGUGCUCAAAGUUACUGAAUGUGCCACUGGAGACGCUGCAACUUCGGUUUGCUCUGUUGAAGUACCUGAACUCGAGUCUGCAACACUGCCUGUCAUUUAUCGAUCUGCGUGACACGACAGCACCGUGGACAUUGGCUUACCGACUGCGUCAGCUAAGCCACUGCAUCUUCUUUGAUGUGAAAAAUGCGCUGGUGGAAGCUGCAAUCGAAGCUACGAAUAUGCCACGGGACAUUUCUGGUGCAAACUCACAGCAGCAAACAGCGCGUAUCACACUGGACAGAAUACAGGCGCUUGAGUCGCGUGAUGACCGUGAAGUGGAGCCGUCUGUGUCGGAAUGCUUCUUUGCUCAAGCUUUCCGUCAACUGCAUCAGGUAGACCCGACACUACUUCGACGUCAAAUUGACAGCAAGGGUCGCCUCUUCAGUGUCAAAUUCCGCGGAGAGGAAGGUGUGGACUGGGGCGGAGUGUAUCGUGAGGGUGCCACGUCCAUGAUUGACGACUUGUUCUCACCGCACUUCCAUUUGUUUGUCUUGUGCCCCAAUGGUCAGCACGACACGGGUGACAAUCGAGGAAUGUAUCUGCCCAACCCCAAGUGCACGUCUCCGGUUGCCAUACAGAUGUUUGCAUUUGUCGGCCAGCUCUUGGGAAUUUCACUGCGCACGCACGGGGACUUUCCGUUCAUGCUGCCAUCACUCGUGUGGAAGCGACUAAUUGGCCAAACACCCGCGCGCGCCGAUCUUGAAGCCACCGACGCUAUGUUUGUCCAGAUGCUCGACGGCAUUGCAAAUUGCGAGAAGGAUGGCAUCUCGACGGACGCAGAGUUCGACACGGCCUUCGAUGGCCUCGAGUUGCGUUUUACGGCCUCGUCAUGCACGGGCGAGGAGAUGGAGCUCGUACCAGGUGGCCGCCUCAUCAAGGUCGAGUUCCACAACCGACUGGAGUAUUGUCGCCUUGCAGAACUCGCUCGUCUGGACGAAGGCAGCGCGCAGGUGGCUGCCAUAGCCCAAGGCUUUGCGACGCUUUUCCCUCGUCGUGUGCUGACACUUCUGACGUGGCAGGAGCUCGAGAUACUCGCGUGUGGCUCGCCCAAGAUCGACCUGGACCUUUGGCAGAGACACACGCUGUACGAUGGCUACUCGGAGGAUGACCCUGCCGUGUUGCUCUUCUGGGAGAUACUCGCGGAGUUUACAGACGCGCAACGUGCAGACUUUGUGCGCUUUGCAUGGGGCCGGAGUCGUCUACCUCGCGGCAAGUGGCUGCAACCCUUCAAGUUGUCCAAGAAAGGUGGGCGUGAUGCCACACGCAGCCUGCCGGUCGCUCACACUUGCUUCUUCUCGGUCGAGCUGCCGCCCUAUACGUCGCGCGAGACGAUGCGCUCCAUGCUGCUUGCUACGAUCACCUUUGGUCUUGGUGGCAUCCUGAUGGCCUGA